AAAACUGGAGAGUUUUAGAGGAUCCAAUACAGAAAACUCUGAUGAGAGCACUGCGUUCUUCUGCUUCUUCCUGUCUCUGAUCUUCUGCUAUUCUGCUCUCUCUGACUCUGUAUGCGUCUCUGUUCUCUCAGAUGGAGCCAGUAAGUUCAUCAAACCCAGAUCUUAGAAAAGUUGCUGUUGCUGCUGAAGUGGAGGGGUUUGGGCGUUCUGUUGAUGAAAUUUCUGCGAAGGUUGAUACGCUUGAGAAAAGAGUGAACGAGGUUGAACGAUUUUACUUGACUACAGGUAGUCCGCAACUAACCAAUUCAAAAGGUAGCUCAAUUGUGAAGGAUAAACAGUUAAAUCUUCUUAAGAAGCAGCAGCAAGAUGCAUCACGUAGGGAAGUCACUGCUACAAAGAGAAUGCAAGAGCUCAUGCGGCAAUUUGCCUCAAUAUUCCGUCAGAUCACUCAGCACGAAUGGGCAUGGCCCUUCAAGGAGCCUGUAGAUGUUGAAAGUCUGGGAUUGCAUGACUAUUAUCAAGUUAUUGAGAAGCCUAUGGACUUUGGAACCAUAAAAAAUAAAAUGGAAGCUAAGGAUGGUACUGCCUAUAAGAAUGUUAGAGAAAUAUAUGCUGAUGUGAGGCUGGUAUUUAAGAAUGCAAUGAAAUAUAAUGAUGACAAAGAUGAUGUCCACGUGAUGGCCAAAACUUUGUUGGAAAAGUUUGAAGAAAAAUGGCUAAAGCUUUUGCCAAAAGUUGUUGAAGAGGAAACAAGACGAGUAGAUGAGGAAGCAGAGGCACGACUACACACGCAACUUGCCCAGGAGGCUGCUUAUGCCAGCAUGGCUAAGGAUCUAAGCACUGAGCUUGUAGAGAUUGAUCUGUAUUUGAAGGACCUCAGAGAAAUGGUGGUUCAGAAGUGCAGGAAAAUGUCUUCUGUUGAUAAGAGAAAACUUGGGACAGCUCUCACCCAUUUAUCUCCUGACGAUCUCAGCAAGGCUCUGGCAAUUGUCGCUCAGAAUAACCCCAGCUUCCAAGCAAGUGCGCAAGAAGUGGAUCUUGACAUUGAUGCUCAGAGUGAGUGCACAUUAUGGAGGUUAAAAGUUUUUGUUAAGGAGGCACUAAAAGUUCAGGGAAAAAGUUCUGAAGGCACUGCCGGCAACAAAGUUACAGCCUCCAAACGAAACAGAGAGAUUUCUGACGCUGUUCCCAAGACUAACGCAAAAAGGACUAAAAAGCUCUCUUGUUUGUGAUCUUGCUUGCAUGUUGGGUGACUCAGUUCAUUCAGUGCAUUGCGUGAGAAAUUGAAUGUAAUUAUGUGCUGGUUAACUCUGUAAAUGAUAGAGCUAUGGAUCAUUUUUCUGUAUAGAUACGUGAUAUAGAUCAAUCAACUUCUCGAUUUCUAUAAAGGUUAGAUACAUAAUCAGACUUCUAGUCAUUUGCUAUGUUUUGUGAAAGGACACCCCUUGCUAAA